GUUAAUUAAUUAAUUUGUAACAUUUGUGAACAGAGCUACAACAGCUGAAUGUGUAGAAAGUACACCGUGCACUUGAGAAUACAACAGAUAAAUAACUAUAUAUUGGCAGGAUAUUAAGAAAUAUUUGUCAGGAUAUGGCUGAAGUACAUACACACACUUACAAAUUUAAAUAUUUAUGGCUAAGAUUAAUCAAGCUUGCCAGAUCAAGCAUUUCUGAUUCAUUGAAAGAUGACGACCUCGACCCUGAUGAAUGUAUUGAUCUUCUUCAACUCGGGACAAGAAUCGAGAUAUUCCUUGCAGUUAGACAUAAGAUUUUGGAGUGCACUAGAAAAUGGAUGAAAGAAUUUGUGAGACAAGGUGGCUUAGGUUAUCUUCUUGACGCUUUAGAAGACCUCACAAGUAAACAAACGAAAUAUGAUAUCAGUGAAGCAUGCGAAAUUCUCGAAUGUAUAUCGUGUAUAAAGGCUGUUAUGAACUCAAAGAAUGGUCUCGAGGCGAUGGUCGAAAGAAAAGAAUGUGCUCAAAAACUAGCUAAAGGUUUGUAUAAAAUGUACAAUAACAUGAGUACCAAGGGUCAAUGCAGUUAUCCAGGCAUUCUCACGUUCUGUACAAAUAUUUGUUUAACCUGUUUCUAUAAAAUUAAUUUGUCAACAUUCGCUCACACAUACUCCCUGGCUGAUCUUAUGUUUAACUUUAAUCAAACUUUGAAUGCGAGUAAAUUACAGCAAAUUAAGAAAAUCUCAUAAUAAUAAUAUAACAUAAUUAUAUAAUGCAAUUGUCAAUUGUACCCCCCCCCCCCAACCUUGGGGGAAAUGUGGGGACAUAGAUUUUUAAUAUAUACAUGUUUAACUAUUGCCCCACCCCCUGGCUGACAAUGACUAAUCUUGUCUAAUCCCCCAACCCAUGGGGACAAAAUUUGAAAAAAUUACCUGCUCCACUAUAAAAUUGACUUUAAAGAGAUCAGGCUCAGGCUCAACAGGACCAUUGAACAGGACAAUCUUAGCCUGCGAGCGGGCUCGUAUACAUUCCUACAUAAUGUCCCACAUGCCAGGGCCAGGGAUCCAUAAGAAGAAAAUUUCCCACCUAGUCAGGGUAACUAAGAGUUAAAAGAGGGAAAACGCCCCACAUGUCCCCACCUUCCCCCAAUGUCACGUUACAUUAUUAUUCAGCUCACUCCCCAUUGGGGUUUUUCAGUGACUGAUUACAUCAAUUAUUACGCUUACUUAUGUUUCUUAUAUUUAGUCUAGACUAUUUAUCUUUACAACAAUUGUGAUUACUUUCUUAACUGUGUUUAUCCUAACCCACCUUGUCAACUUUCCCUGUGGGAUGAAACUAGAGCGCCAAGAGAAAACUCACGACUUUCGGCAGAGCGUUGACUGACUCUUUUCACAUGAGUCCCUUGUGAGAAUUGAACCCACAAUCUCAGAGGUGAGGCGCUUGCUCUGAUGAGUGCGCCACCAUGUUACUCAUAAUGCCACAUUGCAAGCUCCCUUAACAGACUCCCAAUUAAUUAGAAUCAUGCUACUGCUAACUUUCACAGAAUCUAGUCCUUGUUUGAUCCUGGCUUGAAACAAUUUUGGAAAUGCGGGAAGUUGAUUAUCCUAAUUUGAUUCCGGCAAUGUCAUUGCCAUAUGCCAGCCAUUUUUAACAUUGAGAGUCUAAGUAGGUUGCAGGUGGAUUAAGGAAUGAAAAUUAGCCAAACACCAUCUUGACUAUGUAUAUUGUAUCACUUACCAGACCUGCCUAGUGUCCCACACUUGGUGUGAAAGUCACAUAUUUAAAUAUUGGUCCUGCAGACCCACAUACAUGCCUUAAAUUAAGUCACAAAUUUCCACAUAUUUUCUGGGUUGGCAUUAGAAGAGGGGUGGAACAUAUAAAACAAAAGUUAUUCCGAAUAAGGAGUGCAUAAUAUUAACACACAAUUUAUUAAAACUAUAAACAUAUCCCCUCAUAUCCAUAACAUAUCCCCUCCCGAAUAUGAAUUACCGGAACGAAAAUAAAAGUGAUAAUAAUACAUAAAAAUUGAGAGAAAGAAUGAGGAAAAUGGGUACACACAGCGUAAACAUUGGGAAGGUAGGAACAUGCAAUAUUAGAAAAAAAACCUAGGUAAAUGCAUGACUUGGCAAAAUUUCACUUACAGCCCCCCCCCCCUUCCCUCCAUUAAAAAUAUAGAGCUAGCGCUGCCCCUGCAUACAUUAAUUAUUUAGUAAAGAAGAUUAUCUGGAUCUUCUUUUCUACGUUUUGUGAAAAACACUUUUAGCACUCCAGCCACUGAUCUAUUAGAUCGGUGACUUGAGCAGGUGUCACGCUAUCUGCUGAACUUGACAGGUCUGCUGUAUCACCUGAUAAAUAAGAUUAACAAACUUCAAAAGUUUGUACAUACCCAGAAACGUGCAAAUUGUAUACUUCACAAACUACACUAGCAUGCGAUGUGUUCCCCCAAACUUUUUAACCAGGUGCAGAAAAAUAGGCAAUCAUAUUGGCAAUAUUUGUAGUGGUGAAUAGCCUAGAUGAAUUUUUUGGUUGACACUUUGGACUUUAUGUUAUAGUUAGGGACCGCUCAUUAUUUAUUGUACAUGGGGGAUUGAGGAGAAACUGGGGGUGGGCUUUAAAUUUUUUUAAAACCUGAAAGGGGGAGCUUUGAAAAAAUACAGAGAGACGAAAGAAGGGGGGCUUUGAAAAUAUUUACCGGUUUGAAUAAAACAUUACUAGUUUUAAAAAUGUAUCACAAAACAACUUAACAACAAAUAAGGUUUUUAGACCUAAUAUUUAUAAAUGGAAGCCAAGUCUCUUAUGUUCAUGUAAAUAGACAAUUCCCAUUGUAGACUAAUUUUAGAACUAGGCAAAGAGAUGCAAAUCAAGGCCGAAUUUUUGUUAAAAUAGCGGGGGAGGUGGGAAAAAAUGUUAGGGGAAGGUGCAGCAGUCUAGCUCACAACCCCCAUGGAAAAUUAGGGCUUAUUGUAGAACAGGCCAAUAUCAACAAGAUGAGGUAUGCAUGUAGUGUACAUUAUGUACUAGUGUAUUAAUGAAUUAUGAAUGUAUGACUCCAAUCUUGCCCUUCAUUGCAAUUGCUACAAAGUUUCUUUCAAAACAUUGCAUUAACAGUGUACUUGACACAGAUAUGAAUGGCUAUCACUGUUUCAAUUUUACAGAGAAAACUUUCUUAUGUCACGAGUUGUAAAUCCUAAGCAACCAUCACAUUUUCACUUUGUUCUAUCAUUGAAACUUUCCGCAGGGGAGGUGCAUGACCUUUCAGGAGAAGUGCAAAAAUUCUCAGGGGAGGUGCAAAACGAUCUCAGGGGAGGUGCGCACCUCUCCACACCUCCCCUCAAAAUCCGGCCUUGAUGCAAAUAAAUCACCAUUGCUAGAAAGAGCAUACUAAAAUAAGUAAAAUAUUUCAAAGUUUGGUUGCGAGAUGUUGUAAAAUACAGAAAAUAUAGCCUUGCAAAGUUUGCAAAUUUUGUAUACUUUUGUAUUGCAUGCGAAAAUUGCAAUACAAAAGUAUACAAAAUUUUUGCAACUUUGGAAGGCUAUACAUUUUCUACAUUUUACAACAUUUUGCAACCAAACAUUGCAAUUUUAUUAAUUUUAGUAUGCCCUUCCCGGGAAUAUACUUUUUUAGUCUAUAAUGGGAAUUGUCUAUUGGUCCCCAUUAUCUAUUUGUGUUUAUCUAAAUAAAGAGCUAGAGUUUUUGUUUCUCUAAAUAAGGAUAAAGAGCUGGGGGUGGGGGUAGGGGUGGGGGGGGGUUGUUAAAAUUUAUGUUCUUGUUUUGCCUGUUGGGGGAGGGGGGCUUGGAAAAUUUUAAUUAUCUUAAGAGGGGGGCAACGAAAAAAUAUUAUAACUGUAGAGUUUCUCAUCAGUCUCCCCCUGUACAAUAAAUAAUGAGCAGUCCCUUACCCUGGUAGCUGUGGGCUGAUUACAGUAAAGUCGAUCCCCUAUUAAACCCCUCUCCUGUAAGCCAUAUACAAUGUUUCAUAUUAAUUUACAGUCUAUGUUUCUUAUAUCACGUUAAAUCCAAUUAAGGGCCUACAAUAACUUUUUUGGCUACUAGCAAAGAAUGUGUAAGUGUCAAAGUCACUAGUCUAGAUUUUAAUUAGCAAAAUUUAUCAAUAUCUGCGCAUCUAUUUUACACGUAUGUAUUAAUAAAAUGCUGACUGUAAGAAAUCAUAGCUUGCACAGUUCUUCAGUCGUCACUCGUCAAAGACUCGCAAAAAAAUCACAUUAAUUUUAUGAAACUUUUAGUUGCUAAUUUACCUGUCCGUGAAUAAGUCCGACCUCCAGACCUCUAAUUAAAGUCUCCAUGAAUAAGUCAGACCUCCAGACCUCGAAGCCAAUAGAAAAUGUCUCAAAUUGCCUAAAAGACUAAAAACCUACAGGUUUCCUAUAUGAACCUAUAGGUUGGCCUAUUGACUUUUUUUGUAAGCCUUACUUCCCACAAAUAUGCCUGGAAUGAAUAGCACCGGGCCGGUACGUUGUUGAAAGCUGGAUUAGCUUAACCCUAUUUAGGUUAACCUAAAAUUCAAAGCAAACUUCCUGACAUGCAGCUUCUCUAUAAAUCUGGAAAUAUUUCUUCAGAGAUUUGUCUGAAUCCACAGGAGUUUACUUCUCUGAAAUUUAAUUUUGAAAUUAACAGACGUGCAGAAAUACACAAACUAGAAGAGCAGGUUAAAUUCUAACCCAGGGUUAGCGCUAACCCACCUUUGGCUUUGAACAACCGGGCCCAAGGAGUUUAAUAGAGCAUUUACAGUAAUUACAGAAUGAUGUUUCUCAUGAUGAGUGGAUGCUCAAAUUUUCUGUAUCGUUCUUUAUCAUUCAUUAGAGUAUCAUUUUUGGUAUGAUAUAUCUUGUGUCAUUACAUCAUGGUUAGUACAGUACGUAGUUAUAUAAAAAAUGUAAAAACUUGUCAGUGAAAGCUAUAAUUACGCUGUUAGAGAUCCUAGCAGUGUAUACUGGAAUGUUGCUUCAUGAUCGUUACAAAGAAAUAGAACAGAGUCAACUUCCAAAGGGAAAUCACAAUUAAGGCUGAUAAACUAGUUGACUUGAGAUUGCCUUUUGGUAAAAAAUGUGGUGAUCCAAAGAAUUAUACCAGUACCCAGCAUUUAACAAUUAUUCGCCGAAGGCGAGGUGAUUAUCGGGGAAUAUUCACCAAGACGAAGUCGAGGUGAAUAUUCCCGAUAAUCACCGAGCCGCAUGAGGCGAAUAAUUAUUUUAGUAUUUUUACACAAGUCUUUUGUUUUGUUUUUUCUGAAUUUAUUUUAAUUUCGCUUAUUUCUUUAUCAGUGAAUCUAGUCGUACUGCAGGCUGCUCCAUUUACUGUUCGGAGUACUCCCGAUUUUCCGAACACAAAAAUCAGAACAGUCGUGCCCGUUUUCGGUUCGAUUCUAUUAGUGUUUACUGUGUUCCGAAAAUCUGAAAUGUUCCGAAUUGUAGAUGGAGCAGCCUGCUGGUGGUAUAGUGGGACCUCUGACAAAAUGAUUGUAGAUAGGGCAGGUACUGUGCAGUUUCAUUGGCAGCAUUCAAGCUAGAGGCAUAUGGGUUAAUUUAAUUCAUGAGUCGCUACCACCUGGCUACUCCAUUUAUUGUUCGGAGUACUCCACAUUUUGGGAACACCAAUAGAAUCGAAGCGAACACGGUCCCUACUGAAAAACUCGAACGUUAAAUGGAGCAGCAUGCAGUACAUAUGCAUGCCAUCUUGCAUUGUCAUGUAUUUGCUAUAAACAUUUCUUCAGUUCAUAAAUUUGACGAAGAACACUAAAGAACGUACCGUGGAAAUUUGUUACCAUUUUCAACGGAUACAAGUCAGCAGCAAUGUUAAAAGUAAAAUAAUCUGGGAGUAUUUUGCUCUUUUCAAGGACGAUCUAUUAAGAAAGUAUCCACAAGAAAACGCCCACCAUAUUUUUGUCAUAUUCUAGCUAAGAAGUAUGCACGGAUUUAAUGUGAACUCAUUCACUGAUAUAGAUGACCAAAUUAGAAUUCCAUGCGUUUGUCUAAAUUAUGAAAAUUAAGUGAAACGUAUUUGAAAAUUAAAACUGUUAAAUCGCGUGGUCGUAACAUCACGAUUGAUGUAUAUAUUAAUAUCUGCAAAGCUUGGAAAGCCAUAAGACUCGAGAGAUUUUCAAUUUGCAAUAUGAAAAUAGGUAUACGUACAGUACUGUAAUUAUUGUACACGCAUCUGCUGACUGCACCGUUGUGUUUGUAUAUAUUGGUGGAUUUGAAUGGUGGAUUAAGUUACUAAAACGAAACAUACGCAUUACAGGCUGUAGCCCCCCCCCCGAAAAAUUGGAGUCGGGCAAAUUAUAAUUUAUAAACGUACGUUUGGCAAAAUGAUGGGGGAAAUAAAUAUGUAUGAUAAUAGUGGAAAAUGCAACAGCCUGAUGAAUAGAUUACAAAUACAAACCUUGCAUGUAUUCUGAAUGAUGUCUAUAAGUUAUUUACUACGUCUAACACAGUACAUACAGAAGUUGACACAUUCUAUAAUUGACUUGAUUUUCAUGCAAAGUUAUCUUACAUUAAUAAUUGAACAUAUUUUUAUACUAUACAGUCAUGCAUCAACUGCUUCAUGUCGUGAUCAUGCAUGCGAGGUCAAACGAGAACGCAAGUUAUCACAAGUAGAUGGUCAUGAAUUGCUAUUGCGUUUAAAAACGCGCAAAUGAAGAAAAGUUUAGAAUAUUUUGCGUUGAGAUCUCGCUCCUGCCUGACAUAGCGUGAUGGCUAGACUCUUUACUUCAGUUACAUUAUUUAUGAUUAAAUUUCUUUUCAGGUGAUAAACACUGAAACUGCGUGUAGAAGUAAAGACUGCAUGCAUGUAUAGACGGCUUUAAUCAUCAUGAAACUCGUGCAUUCGCUUUCGUAGCUGAAUAUACUGUAUUCAAGGAAAUAUAUGAAACUAUAUAUGCGCUUGGAUUGUCUCUUAAGCCCGCGCCGCACACGAGAGCAACGUGCUGAGCUAGCAGCUAGCUCAGCUAUGUAUUUUCACCGCACACGUUGGGAAAACUACUCAACAACAACAUAAUUGACAAAAUCAUUUGCAUUUUACUCCAUUUUGUUCCAAGUCACAUGAAGAAACCAUGGUUUGUCAUUGGCUAAUUGAUUCAAACAGCUCAGCACUUAGCUCACAACAUCCGCAGACGCUGAGAUUUCCUCGCGAGGCGAAAAAUAUCAAACACGAUAGAUAUUUUCCUCAAGAGGUCAAAUCCUCACGAAAACUAUCCGCACACGAGAGCAACUUGCUGAGCUAACUAGCUGCCUCGCGAGGCCGUUAGCUCAGCAAGUUGCUCUCGUGUGCGGCGGGCUUUAAAUAGUUGAAUUGUUUGCAUUGUUAUGAAUAUACUACCAUAAUCUUCGUUGUGUUUGUUGUUUGUGAUUGCAUAAACUCAGAGUAUAAUCUAAAAACAUACGUAUGCCAUAUUAAAAUUAUGCCUAUAUUGAAAUGUUCAAAAUGCUUUGUUUUCUGGCUCCCAAGGGAGUUUUGCUCUUGCUUAUCUGAAAAUUAAAUGCAUAUCUAAUAAGUUUGUCUGCAUUUCGAAAUGAUUAACAGUUUUGCGGUAGACCAUGUUCAGAGCGACAUUGCUAAAAAACUUAAACGAGAUUACUACAUAAAUUUCAUGCUGUUCAAGCUUCGGAAUACAACUUUAUUUGUAAACAGAGUGAACAAGAAUCAAUCAAGCUGGCUCCGUCCGCCAAACAUCCACAACAGUACUCAGAGAGUUCAGAAGCAUGGAAGACAACAUUUCUCAGACUUCGUGGUUUGGGCAUAAUUUUGUCCACGUUAGAAACUCUUGGUUCAGGAAAAGUCAACUCAAUUCUUGAUAAUCAUGAAAGUGCUGAGUUUAUUUCUAGUUUUACGUCCAUGAUAAACUCUCUUGGGCUGGAUAAUAUACUCAGUGAACGAGGGAUUCUAUCAGGUUUAGUCAAAGGUUGGGCACUUAUAUGUACUAACUUUUCUGUUUGUAUAUUUAAAAUUAUCAGUUGAUUUAGCUAAAAUAAAUGUCUUGUUCCAACAAUUUUGGCUUUCCAAAUGUCGUUCACAAACUAUUGUAUGUCUUGUGUUGUCAGGCGUUAUGCAACGUUUGUACAAAUUGAGGAUAAUAUAGUCUAACGUACAUUAUUGCAUGCAUGCACAUGGAAUGUGUGUGUAUGCCAUUGACAGUGUUUUCUGCACAACCCAUGAGCAUGAUGCAUAAUCAUAUCGCUCCGUUCAAGCACUAGAUAAAAUUUAAGAAAGUGAAUAAUAUGUUUUCUCCAUUAAAUUAUUUGUUAACUUGAUGUUAUACCAGAACGGAUUGGAGUUCUCAGUGCCGUAUUUUACCAUAAUUUACUGAACUUCUUGGCAAAUAUAGACGCGUAAAUCCUCUUCAGUUAUUUCGCACCGCCAUGAAUUGUGUGAACAUAGUCUCUGAGUCAAUAAUAUAAUAUAAAUAAUAGUUUUGAUACCUCAAGAGACAAGGUAGUUCUACAGCUGGGAUUUAAAUCGCCACCCCAUGCACUUUUAUAUUUAAACUAAUCUGUUGCGCUGAAUUGUAGAAAAUUGCCGAUUCUUGCAUGGUUUUAAACCUGAAUAGCAUGCCAUUGUGACUGUAUGUGGCAUCAUAUUUUACGAUAAUGCGAAUUUUCCCACCUGUCAUCACAUUCUACAAGUGAAGAAAUAAAUUUUUGUUGUGAUUUUCAGCUAGUACUGAACUCAUGGAUAAUGUGAUGCUAUUUUCUGCUCAAAUAACAACUAAAAUAUGACCACGGGAUGUAAGUUUAAAACAGAUGUUGCAAUGGUUUCUGAUUCAUGUAUGAAUAUAUGCGGGUUGAAACAUGCUCUUGAAGAAAAUGAUUCAUAAAUGUCUGUUACAUUAGAUACUUCGAAGAUGCAUACGUAUACUGAACUAUAACUACAAUUAGUAUGACUAGCUAUCAUUACAAGUUACGUUGUCUAUGCAUAGCAGUUUGAAUGGCUACGAAGUUUGUGGCCAGCACGCGAAACACAGUAUAUCGCAGUAAAUGGGUCGCUGUUGUUAACAAACGUAUUGAAUCAAAUCGUAACGGGGAAAAUGAUAUCAAUUGUGGAAAAGAUCCAAAGUACCUGGCACGUUCCUUACAAAAUCCAAGUGUUUCAAACUACUUUGGUUUAAGAUCAAAACUUCGCGGGGCUUCUGCCAUGUGGGUGCUGUCAUUCCUAGAACAUGGCGGACUUGAUUCAUUAUUUCAGGCUCUAGAGAAUCUUGGUAAACGAGAACAUACUGCUGGUGUUGUGAAUGCAUUCUUGCAACUAGAGUGUGUGUUUUGUAUCCGCAGUGUUCUGAAUACAAAAACUGGCAUGGAUUUUAUUUUGGAAAACAGGGAGUUAUCUCGUCUCCUCACACAAGGUUUACAACAGAUUCAUAUUAAUUAUAUUGAAAGUUGAUGACAAAUAACACCCUUUUUUAAUUAGUUUCUGUCUCAUUGUGUAGAAGAAAAAACUUCCUUGAAAAAGCAAUAUCGUCUUACAGUAUACAUGUGCCAGAAUCGUUAACUUGACAUGUGCUGUUAUAAUAUCAUUCCUCCAUAUAUAUAAUCGUAUAAAGGUUUAUACGACACAAUCCUAGCUUUAUGAAAUCGUAAAGGCUUGCAACGCCAACAAGAUUUCUGUUCUAUGAAAGGAUGCAGUGACGUAUAAUUUGUAUAUAUGAUAACAUAAUUGUUCAUGUACUAAUUAAGUAGGCCUACUCAAGUUAUUUUUAAACAUGCCUGUUGCCGAGGAUAGCUUUAUUUAGCGAAAAUAUCAGGCAUUUCAAAUAUUGAAGCAAGUAAGGAUUUCUUAUUUAUCCUGUAAAAAUUACAUUCAUGCAUGCUGCUGAGACUUGCAUAUAUAUAAUUGAAGGGAUUGAAUUCUGCAAUUAAAAUAAGCUGUCUUGAAUUCGGACUGUAAUCACGUACGCAAUGGCUAGUGUGCGUUCGACUUUUGUCGGUAUUCCUCAGUGUAUAGGGGCGACAGAUUUUUGGACCUCAGUCAAGGAUAAAGCGCAGCCCAUGCAUGCGUAUGUGAGUGUCUAAAUGUAUAAAGUAAUGUUUCCUUAUGUGAAACAGUAUGUAAAAUAAAAGUAUAUAAGCCUAUACAAGAAGCUGUAGUAACACAACAAUUAAUUUAACUAAUUUAAACAAAUUGUUGAGGGAAAUAUUUUGCACAACAAUCGUUAAGGUGAAAAUUUAUCCGCGCUCACUUUCCUGAAAGGAUAUAUUUAAGACGUUUGGUUCAAUGAAAAUUUUUGACAAUUGUUCUCAAGAUAUUUUGGUUACCUGGCUAGUUUGCCCUCGUGUUCCUGGAAUCAUGAUAGCUCAGAAGUCAGGUGAAUUUCUGCGAAAGCAAAUAGUCCAAACCUGUCCUCCAGAGUCUCCAGGCUUGGUUCGGCCCUGCGUCAGCAAUAUUUCGCAAACUAAUUUUCGACAUGACUACCUGCGGUUUUCUUGUCAUAAUAUUAUAUUAUCAUAACCAGGGAAAAAAAAGUUUUUGCGUAAAUUUAUGUCGUCACAAGCAAAUUUUUAUGCAUUAGCAUGCAGGCGCUAGACCAUAUCACAUGAAGUGAAUAUGAUUAUAACGCCACUAAAAUAGUAAAUCAUUCACUUAAAAGUAAAAGUUCUAUGUACUUUGUCUGACUUAUUUCAAUUUUAUUUUUUCAGCUUUAGACACAGAUAAUGUGAUGCUGAAGAAGCAAGUAUUUGAACUCCUGUCUGCUCUCUGUGUUUAUUCUGAAAUGGGAUACAAAAUGGCAGUUGAUGCUCUGUCGCACUACAAGGUGAUUAUUACAAUAAUUCGGGGGCGCAGUUGGCGCACAUCGUUUAUUUGCUCGCGGGCGGUGCAGGCUAGGCCUUCGUUGGCGCAGUCCUCAGAGCAAGCGUCUUUCGCCUAUGAGAUCGUGGGUUCGAUUGUCUCGUUGCUCAUGUGAAGAGCGUCAGUCAACGCUCUGCCGAAAGUCGCGGGGUGCUUCGGUUUCCUCCCACAGGGAAAGUUGACAGGGUGGGUUAGGAUAAACACAGUUAAGAAAGUAAUAUCAUAAUUGCUGUAAAAAUAAAUAGUCUAGGCUUAGUAUGUAAUUAGAUAAGCGUAUUACUUGGUAUAAAGUCAUGCGCAAUCUGAUCAUUGCCACAUGCAAAAUUUGCGCUACCUUGCCUUGAGCAAUUCCGCGAGAAGGCUUGGGUCUAGGCUGCACGUUAUUGAUUUCUCAAUAGGUAGUGUGCAAGUUACGUCACCGUCGCCAUGUUGGAUGACAUUGACAAAGGAUUUAUUUGCUUGUCUGCAAUGCAAAUAUCAUCCAACAUGGCGAAAAUCUCUUUGUCUUUGAAUCCCAUGGGAGUGGUCUCACAUCACCUAUAUUGGAACAGCCAUGCAUUGUGGUUUACCCAUACUUACUGAUCCUGUUAUGAGAUAAAAUUGCUUUUGAAAAAUGGACGUUUUUUCAGGUUGUGCAAAAUGAUAAGUGUUUGACGAUGUUGGACUCGUUUCUACGGGGCUUUAAGGCCCACACUCGAGAAUAAUUUCCAACGUUUCUCGAAAAUAUUAUUUUCAACUUAAAAAUCUUUUUCCGACGGAAAAUUUGUGUGGGCCAAUCAUAUUUUACAAAAUUCUUUCUGCUGAAAAUUUUCCUGAGUGAAAAUGGGCCUUUAGUGGACAUACUAAAGCAACGAUGUUGGACAAUAUAUGUUGGAUGAGUAUUUAAAAUCAAUUCAACAUUACCCAACACAGUGUUUGAAAGGAAGCCAAUAAUGGUGAAAAUCCAACAAUGUUAGAUAAUGUUGAACCAACAUGUUGACCUCGUUUGAACGGGCCUUAUUAAGAUGUCUAACUAAGGUGAUAUUUUACACACUAAUUUUCUUAUUUUUUCAGUCAGCGAAGGGUCAACGUUAUCGCUUUAGUGUCAUUGUGAACGAGCUAAAGAAUGCAGAAAGUGCUUCUUAUAAAGCGACGUGUCUUGCUUUUAUCAAUUCAAUUAUUAUUGCUAGUGAGCAAUUUGACGAGAGAGUUCGAAUUAGAAAUGAAUUUAUUGGUGAGUUUUACAUGACAAUAUUGAAUAAUAUAUUUUUCGUAUUGUGGUAUUUUUAUUUCAGAGACAAGGUAUCAUUUAUUGCAAAUACCAAGUUUUUGUUGAUAAUUCUGUAUCUCAUUUUUAAUUGAAUUUUCUUGUUUUAUACGUAGGUCUGCAGCUUCUGGAUAUUUUAAAUGAAAUUCGGUAAGUACCACCGUUUGCAUUUGCUGUAUUUUACUUACUGAGAAGGAAUUUCAUUAAUCUUUAUUUCGAUUUGUAAUUAAUUGUAAUCUAUUUGGGCAUUGCUCUGCACGGCCACAUUUUACUAUUUAAUAAAUAAAGUGAUUAAACGAAACAAAACAUAAAUCUUCUUUUGUUUAACGGUUAAUUUAACGCACAUUAUGCUUGGCAUUGAUAUUUAUAAUAAGAUUAUAAUUCCUGGUUCAUCCAUCGCAACUAUUUUGAAAAACAUAAGUAGAGAUUUCUGUGCACUGGAUAAGUGAAACAAAUUUGUUGUAUCCCCACGACAGACGAUAUUUUUCAGAUGUGAAAUUUAUCGUCUCCGUCUCAUUCAUUUUUCUCGCAUAUGGACAGUUAUCGGAUAUGCAAAAUCACCCAUAAAUUUGCUGAGCUUAAUGAAAGGGGCGUUGUCUUGAUGACUUGAUCAGUUUGUGGACUGCAACCCCACCAAUUGAGGUACUGCGCAAACGCAUGAUGUUUAUAUAGCCAAUUUCUGAAAUUGCACAAAAUAUUUUUGUGACGACGAAACGCUAGAUUGCCUAGAUAUUCCCUAUGCAUUAAUAGAAUAAAUAGGUUAGGAAACUCGAUUAAGUCAUAAUAGACCUCAUUAUAUAUGUUUUUGUCUUGGUUUGUGCAAACAAUGGUCGGUUCAUCGUCAUGUGUGUGUAUGUUUUAUUUGUCCAACCAACCAAUAGCAGUGUGUUGGCUUGAUUACCAAGUCCGUGAUAUUACACAUGGUAGUUGUAUAAGUCGAAGAGUCCUGAAGAUACUGAAAAUUUAAAUUGUUACGUCGUGAAUCCAAGAUUCUGAUCGCUAGAAAAAGGAAAGAUCAUGCAAAUAAGCUACGAGAGUCACACGUCGAAAGCCCUAAACGUUUUUGGUCAAUCGUGAAAUCCUCAACUAUCUUGCGAACAGACAUCAAAGAGUUGUUCUUGAUGGCGUUUUCUCUGACUGGCUACCAUCUGGUUACCAAUUACGUCGGGUGUGCCCCAAGGUCCCAUAAUUCGCCCUCUCAUGUUUCUUGUCUAAGUUAAUGAUGUCCUAAGCUACAUCCAUAUCCAAUCCACGAUUGCUAUUUUUGCCAAUGACUCCAAACUAUAUACAAAUCCAUUGACCUUCCUCAAGCAACCACCUCCACAUCGACCUUGAUAGCUUAGAUAAAUGGAGUCUUGACUGGGCAGUGGAAUUUAACAAAUUCAAAUGUCACGUGCACGUAUCUCGCGAAAGACAGCAAAAAACAUAAUGCACUAAAACCUGGACAGUCAACAACUAGAUUGUGUCCCACACGCCAAAGAUUCUGGAGUGACCAUGUCGAGUGAUCUGUCUUGGUCGAAACUCUGCAUGGGACUAAUUAAGUGGACUUUCAAGGAUUCUACUGAUACAAAAGUUUAAAAUUACUAUACUGUGCCCUCGUGAGGCUGAUAUUAGAACAUGCCAGCAAUAUAUGGUCUGUCAUGUCUGCAUCGAGUUUCCUAACCAUCUUAUUCUAUUGACUAUGCUCAGCAGUACGAAAAUGGUUAAGAAAAGAUUUUUGAAUCCUGAAUAUUUUCAUGUUUUAGCCAUACUGAUGACAACGAAUUAAGGAUUCAAUUAGAUGUAUUUGAAGAUGAACGGUUAAAAGAUGAAGAUGACUAUACAACACCUGAAGGAAUUGAUUUAAACAGUCAUGUUGACAUCUUUCAUGCCUUGUUGAAACAGGUAAACAACAGUGCACAGUACGAUUACGAUUACAGAACCUCGGAAAAGUAUAUGUUUAAGAAACGGUAACCUGCAAUGCUAGAAAUUGAUUUUAAAAAUAAGUUUUUUGACUGCAUGUUUUUGCUGAAGAUUGUAUUGUACACUGUCGUACCCAGGUUCUUUUCUACUCAAAAUGUUAUCGUGGACAUUGUUUUCACACAGCCAAUGAAAGGAAAUUUUAAAAGAUAUGUAGACCAAAUAACUCAAACUGUUAUAGCGCUUCUAAUCUGUUAUACCGCUUAAAAUCGCGCGUUGUGGAAUCGUGUCCGAUGUGUCUCGCCUUUAAUUAUAAGACGCCUUGAAUCUCUUGUGUGUUUAAUCCUAGAUUGCACGGACAACCAUAGUCGAUGUAAUAAGGAGGUUUGGAAACUCGAAGCAGACAUAAUAGACCUCAUUAUCUGUGUUUUUGUCUUGGUUUAUGCAAAGAAUGGUCGGUUCAUCGUCACAUUUUUAUGGGUUUUUUGCGUAACCAACCAAUAGCAGUGUGCUGAUUUAAUUACCCAGUCGUGAUAUUACACAAUAGUUAAAUGAGAUAGUUAUUGGUUGCUUAGCGAAAAAACAAUACACAUGUGACGAUGAACGGACCAUUUCUUUCAUAAACCAAGACAAAAAAACAUUGAUAAUGAGUUCUAUUAUGUCUGCAUCGAGUUUUCUAACCUUAUUAUUGACUAUCACGAGAUAACCAAUGAUUUUUCCUCUAUUUAGAUAAGCAACAAACCUUACGCCACGAAUUUCUUGCACAUUUUACAAAGUCUCCUUGCACUCACUGAAGAAGAUAACUUAGUAGACGUAAUUUGGGAAACAAUUGAGAAGUUUGUGAAACGAUGUUCGAACAUGAAGAGACAAGAACAGGGAGGAUUCUUAUUAAAUUCUGAACUGGAACUACUUAAAUCAAAGAUUUCAAAACAAUCCAAGGAAGAAAAUAAUAUGAUGGAAAUAUCUUCAACUCCUAUACCAGCCAUGCCACCUCCAGGAUUGACUUCAACACCUGCCACACCCGCCCCCCAAGCAGCUCCCCCUCCCCCUCCACCACCUCCACCUCUAGGAGGAUCAUUCUCGUCGCCAUUUCCUGGAAGUCCUGCACCGCCUCCUCCCCCUCCCCCUCCCGCUUUACCUGGCUCUGCCAUUCCACCACCACCCUUCCCGCCUCCUUUUCCUGGUUCUGCAGGACCACUACCUCCACCACCACCUCCUUUGCCUGGAUCUGCAGGUCAGCCCAUGGCUUUCCCCUUCCCUGGCUCAGGAAUUCCUCCACCUCCACCGUUACCUGGCUCAGCAAUUCCACCCCCACCCCCGUUGCCUGGAUCUGCAGGCCCACCCCCUCCCCCACCGUUACCUGGUUCAACAGGGCUACGUAUCCCAGGUUCUGUUGGUACUCCUAUUCCUCCUCCUUUUUUUUCAGCAUCAUUCAACACUCCUCUAGGCCAGAGCCCGGCGAUGUCAGUGUCUCCAUAUACAUCUGUGAUUCCGUUAACUAAGGCGAAAAGUAAGAUGAGGAAAUUCCAGUGGGUUAAAAUUCCUCCAAAUAUAGUAUCGAGAAAUAAAAACUGUGUCUGGGUUCGAAUAUGGAACUUCCCGCCAUUACAGGCGAACUUUGAACUUGAAGAGGAACUGUUUAAACAAAAACAAGUGGAAAAGAAAAAGAAGACGGAAAAUAAGAAAGCAAAAACUGAGGUUGGAAAAACAAUAAUUUCUGUUUGUUAGACUAACGUUAUUGUAAUAUUAAUGCAGCUCUGUUUAUGUACACGUGUGUAAAUAUAUAUACAGGUUUGCUCCUUAGCUAUAAACUCGGAAUAAGGGUGCGUGCAUGCAUAUGUAAAGGUACAGCAAAUCACGUGCAAAUAGACAAAAAACGAUUUCUCCAACAAGGGAAUGUUAACUACAAAGACAAAAAGUAUCGUUUCAGGUAAAUAGUUAAUUUGUGCAUUGAUCUUCGCUCAAAACAUCGGGCUCUUGUUCUUUGAACAUGGCAGAAAUAGACCCAACGCCGCCAAUAUUUAUUUAAAUACCUCCUUUUCGAGUUCGUAUUUGAAAUACAUCAGUGAGCUUAAUCAAGCAAGCGACGUUUUUGUCAAUACGGACGUCACCUGAAAAUUGGUAUGACUAAUUUUGGCGGAUUUUUGCAUCAUAGCGCUCGUGUAAGGAAGCAACAAACUUUAAAAUCGUACGUUUUGUCAUAUGUAUUGAAGAUUACCACAAACUGAUACAAACACAGUUUUUAAUCCAGCCCCCACCCCUCGAUAAUCUGACGUCCGUGUUGACGUCGCUUGCUUUAGUACCCUAUUAUCAGUGAAGAUCCACAACUUUAGAGUGACAGCCGACAGACAAUAUUUUUAAUCAUGUUUUUAAAUUAAAAACUAACUAAAUUUGAAUCAAUGUUGAUAUGUAUUUACUUGAUUACUUCAUGCGUUUUAUGCUUUUACAGAUAACAUUCUUGGACUCAAAACAGAGUUUGAAUAUCAACAUUUUUCUGAAGCAUUUUAAAAUGUGAGUAAUAAUUCUUCAACGUUCAUAAGUUGUGUUUCAAUCGUGAGACUGAAAAUAUAAUUGUUAACAACGAAUUUAUUAUUUAGGCCCAUUGACGCUAUUGUACAGAUAAUCAGACAAUGUGAUAUUGAAAAAUUUGGAGUGGAAGACUUGAAAAGCUUGUUGAAAUUUGUUCCAGAUAAAACCAUAGUAAGUAUUUCAACAAAAAUUAUAGGGAUCAGUACAUUUACAGAGGUGGGCAGUCCUCUUACUUUAAACACUUGAAACGGUGCAAAUUUCAUGAAUAUUAAAGCUAAUAUUUUAGGAUAUGGAAAACUUCGUAUUUGAAACAAAAUAUAAUGAAGUCAUGGUUUGAAGAUAUCCAUGCCUUAACUGUUUCUUUUUCUCAGAGGACAGGGUUAUCUAGAUUAAUGUUUAUUAAUAUUUGCGGCCAUUGGAAGCUGGUAUGACCGUCCAGGCAAUCUUGUUUUUCAAAGGUUUUCAGUCACGCCUACAAGGUCUUACAAGAUUCUUCUAUAGCCCUUCAACAGCAGUUUGUUCCCUGGUCCAUGCCAUGGGGUUGUUUCCACUAAAAAUCUGCCAUCGGUUGAUGGUCGUGACCCCGCUUUAUAACAAGCACUUGCUGAUCAACUGUCCACUUCCUUGAUCCAUCCCUGCAAAAUGGGCUACACCCUUUUAUAAUUAGUGUAACAGUUAUUAAUUGUCUGUAGACAUUCGACUAGAUCUGUGCAUGGGUAUGCCAGAUGUAAAACAAAAGUUUUUAUUUGCAUCAAAUUCAAAUUCAAAUUCAAAUUUAUUUCACACGUUUACAAAAGAUAUAGUUAGACAUUAAUUACAUCACAAAAAAAUCAUAAUGGAAGGGGAAAAAAAGGGAGGAGUUAAUUAUGGUAUUGUAUCGUGUACAGUGGCCAAAGUAGCUGCGAAGCUUUCGAGUUGGCCACCGAGUUGGCCACCGCAUCAUUCCCUAACGUACUUACUGUCAAAUGGAAUAAAUGGAUAAAACACAACAACACCAAAAUGAGGUUUUUUUGAGAAAGAUGAAGACCAACUUCGUAAAAGAAAAUCGCUGUAACUUAUGUAUAAAAGUAACGUCCGUAAGGAAGCAAGGUUCACCUAAUUACUCGUAAAUGGAUGUUUAUUACCUCCGCCACAGAUUAAGUAUAUACCAGUUGUGUAACUUAAUAUGAUUUCGUGUCCUCAAAUUUCCCUAGAUGUACGCGUCAUGCUCACGCCAUGACACUUGCUAGGAAGUUGGUGUCCUGGAAAACACGAACUUUUACAUUUUAUAUGGAUUAAACAAUCAAGAGCAUCAUUUGUUGACAUUGCCCAAGGAUAAAUUGAUUAAAUGUUGCUUAAAUUUGGAUGAAAAUUGCAUGAGAAAUUAGCCAAAGUUUGUCUUGCUGUGCCGGGCAGAAUAAACUGAAUGCCUGAUUAGCCCAUUGUAUAAUUUACGCAUGAUAACUUAAUUUGCUGGCGGGCGUGUGCAGUCUUCGAGUGCCCCCUAGUUAAAGUGCGUUCAAAUUGACCUUGUUAGCACGUGAAGAUUUCAAACCAUUGGGAACGCGAUUAGUGAGUGUUGUGUAUAAAAAUAAUUAUCGCUUAUUUACGGAGACCGAGGGAAACAGCAUGUUUUGUGGCCCCUAGACCGAUCUGACACUUGAUCUGACACUUGCUAUAUAAUCAAAUAAUGUUAUUGCUUAGCAACUGGUGCGCAUUGUCACUCCGUGGGAACUAAUUUUAGUUUCUCUGUUGAUUUCAGGUUCAAACACUGAAGGAUUUUAAUGAUGAUAAAGAAAAGUUAGGAUCAGCAGAAAGAUUUCUUCAUGGAUUAAUAUCAGUUCCAUACUACGAGACUCGUAUUAACAGCAUGUUAUUGAAAACUGAGUUUGCAGAGGCAAUGCAAUUUAUUAAACCUGGUCUCAAUGCACUGGUCAAGGCUACAUCAGGUAUGUUUUACUAUGUUAUAAUUGCGGCGCCUAAAUGAAGUUUGGCAUAUAUUUGCUGCACGAGUUUGCUAAUCUGUUUAUAGGUUGUUAGUUUCGUUGGCAGUGUGACCAGGUUUUUUCCAUGCAAUCAGAUGACAAAAAAUUACCAAAACGGGCAAAAAAUUACCAAAACCCACCCGACCCCCGACUUCCUGCAAGCCAAUUCUACAUCCCCCAGUCGCUAGUGUGACUCGUGAGGCCACUUUUGUAAUUUUAAGUUUUAAUACCUGGAAAGACUGCUCGGAAGGUCGUAAUUCGCUUUAACGAAAUCAUUAGUUAUUAAUUCACCUGCUUUAUCACGUGUCUCGCAGAUAGUGAAUCGCAGGCUCGGGUUACGAGAUUGUGCAUUAGGAGGUAGCAUUAGUACCACUUUCUCUAAAGCUUUUUUGUAUUUAUUAGAUAUUUUGGAAAGCGAAGUCCUACCUGAGGUUCUACAAGUCAUAUUGACUAUAGGGAAUUUUCUUAAUGGAGUAAGUAGUAAUUUUGUUGAUACAACUUUAGUGAGAAAAAAUUUUGUAUUCGAAUUCACAACAAUGAAGCAUGCUAUCAUAUGGCAUUCAUUGCGUUGCAUGCGUACGUAUAUAAGUGUAACAUGUACAUACACCAACACAGAAAAAAAUUCAUGUACAUAUCGUAUAAUUUUUUCUGUUGAUUAUAGCAAAUGUCCCUGAUCUGCUCUCGAAUUUUCCCAGCCAUCAUCUCGGUCUGGGUAAAAUUCUACUUCAUUCUUGGUUCAUGAAAGUGUUCCUAAAAUAGAAGGAUUUUGUCGAUGGAAAUUUCGUGUGUGAAUUAUAUACAUUUACGAGGCCUAACUAUGGGAGCAGUUGUAUGAUUGAAUACCCAAACACCUUACAUUAGCAUCACCUUAUAGUUGCAUUUUGCACAACUACUCCUGCCCAAAAUUCUGAUAUGUUUCUAAAGUAUUCUAUCAAUUCAUUUGCUUACAUGAACCAUUUCAUUUGAGACAUUUGAUCGAAUAACACACAACUCCAUUUCUGGUUACCUUACAGUGCAUGCAUGCUAACUGCAUUUACGAUAUUUCUACAAUGGAUUUACAUAAAAAGACACAAAACAACGCACGCAUAAUACGCGUGCACCUUUUAUACAAUAUUUUGCGGCAUGGUCUACUUUCAAGACCCCGUUGAAUAUAAAAGAAAUCCAUUAGAUAAAUAAUGAUUACAAGCAAACAGGUCCAAGAUGCAUGUAGAGGUCCUAUUACCUAUUCCAAAAUUAAAAUGAAAAAACAAAAUUAACACAACUAUAUAUAUACUGUAUCUUCCAUAUGAUAUACCGUCCGCUAACAUACUUCACAAGCAUGGUCAACCCAAGACUCUGUGAGGUUUGCUAUAGCCCCAAUACACAGUCACGUCAUUAUUCAAUGUUUCAUUAAAAAUCACAACAUCUCUCCAAUACCAUCCAUUUAUCUCCUUAAUGUAAUUUUGUUGAACUAAUGGGAUAGUUUGUCCGAGGCCAUUCCGCAUGCCGUUCGACCCAUGUUCGCCUUUCUCUACAGUCAGUUUUAAUGAUAUCGACCCAAUAUAUUACCUAUUCAUACCACGUUGAAACGGGGAACUGGCUCGGACUGCUUCGAACUGCUUUGGGCAAUCGAUCCCUACUAUAUAUAUAUUACUUAAAAGUAUUAACCUAUAUAGUAUAUACUACGUAAUGACUGCCAUACUGUGCAGUCAAAAAAAUGUUUGUCAGACCCUGGGCGCCAUUUUGCAAAACAUCUGGGAUGAUUAGUCUAAGACAUCUAUUUUAAAUAAGGUUUACCCUUGUGGCAUAAUUAAAUGUUCUGCCAGAUUCUAUAAACCGCAUUUUUGUGGAUUGUACAAUAUCUACUUAUUCUACCAUCAAUAGUUAGAUACAUGACACAAACCAUAGGACUGACUCAUGACAUAUCUCACGCCAUGGUUUUCUUUCAAGACCCUGUGAGUAUGUACAUAAUCUAACUGCAUCCAUACUUAAAUACUAAGGAAUAAACUUACAAUCCUCACAUAGACCUAACCACAUUUGAUGGACAGAUUACGGAAUACACAGUGAACAACAAGGACUAAGUUUACAAUAUCAAACUGCAUGGUCUUCUUUCCAGACCCUGUGAAGAUAUAUUUAAGAAAACCAUUUACUCAAAUGAGAUACAGGAAAAUUACACAACACAAAAUCACAAGUCUUGUUACCAAUUCCUAAUUUACAACAUCGCUGUAUGGUCAAAUCCGACCCUGUGAUAAAUUCAUGUGCAUCAUCAAAUUACACCUAUCAAUUACCAAGUAAGUUUACAUACAGUACAUGCUAACUUCAAUUACGAUAUUUCUACAAUGGAAUGACAUAAAGAGACACAAAACAACGCGUGCACUUUUUAUACAAUAUUUCACGGCAUGGUCUAUAACAGAAAUCCAUUAGAUAAAUAAUGAUUAUUAGUACACCACAGGUCCAAGACGCAUGUAGAGGUCCUAUUAUCAAUCCCAAAAUUAAAACAAUUGCACCAAAACCAAAGGUGAUUGGUGCAUUCAUACAGGAAGAUUAUCAAUCAUCGGGAAGUUCCAAAUUUGGAAAAAAAAAGAAAAACGUUUUUAAAGAAAUUAUCAAAAGAAACGGUUCAAGACGAACAAAUUUUCUAUCUAAUGACAAGUUUUCAUAUAGUAAAUUUUAUUUGUCAGUUGUGUAUAGAACAAAUCUUCUAUGACACGUUUUUGACCGCCACGAUGGAUAUCAAUAGCAAUUUAUUACUACAAUAACUCGCCGACUAACCGCAUGCAAGUGCUGCUUUGUUGACCCCUACAGACGAGUUUAAAUUUUGUAUUUCGCCAUGUUUUUCUAUGACAUGUGCACUUGUUCAAAAUCUAUAGCAUGCUAGCAGCUAAACAAGUGUCUAAACUUGCAGCAAACUACUGUAGCAGCUAAACUUGUCACAACAAAAAUUGGCAAAGUUGUCUGUACAGACGAGCAAAUAAAACUUUUCAAAUGAAAACUUGCUCGUACCGCUUGAGUAAAUAAAUUAUUAGAAUAUUUUAGUAGGAACACUUCCAUUGCCACGACUGUAACACAUUGUAAACUUAUUCCCACUUUCCCUUCUUUACUACCUCCUCCAGGAUGGUCAUGCGGGAAAUGCGAUUGCAUUCAAGAUCAGUUCAUUAUUGAAACUUACGGAUACCAAAGCCAAUAAACCAAGGAUGAAUCUUAUGCAUUUCUUGGUUGAAGUAAGUGUGGCGCGUAAUCUCUCUUUCCGCCGAAGCGUGGAGAAACCGACAAAACUGGGGGAGGAUAAUAAAAGAGUUAUUUUUUUAUUAUUUAUUAUUAUUUUGAAUUAAAACUACCAUGCAGAAGGACACGUGGAAAACGCGCAUAGCUGUGAUGAAACACUUAAAGUGCCACUAACCUCAAUUAUUUUAUCAUCUCAUUCUUACGAACUUCUGAAAUGAUAUAAUAACUUAUUUUGAACAUUUUCGUUUGCUCACUUUGUUUGUUUGGUAUGCAAAUAUCCGGAAUUUACGUCACAAAUGCAUAAUGAUUUAAAGUAAAAGCUUGUAUAUCUUAUUCACUGUCGAGUUUAAUUCAUUAAAAUGAAGUUUGGAGUUGUGGGAGGAUUAAAUAUACUUAUGUAAAACACCAUUUAGACUUUUUAUUUCAUGAUAUUUAACUGUACCUUACAUUCUUUAAUCAGCCAUUAUUCAUAUGUGACGUAAAUUCCGGACAUUUGCACAUCAAUAAAACUGAAAUAACUCAGAGACAAAGUGAACAAACGAGAAUCUUCAAAAUAAGCUAUUAUAUUAUUUCAAAGCUAAGCUUCUUAAGAUUGAGAUGAUAAAAAUAAUUGAGGUUAGGUGCACUUUAAUUGCAUGCAUGCUUGUUGUAAUAAUUCGUGCAAAUACGGUUGGAAACCUUUUUUGAAUCAUGUAAUGGAAAUGUUAAUAUUCCGUUAAACUUGAGAAAUUCAACGUUUCGAGCGAAGGCCUAAGUCAGGACUUGGCGACGAAAGGCCUUCGUUCGGAACGUCGAAGUUCUCCUUGUAUUUUUCAGGUAGUUGUAUCCCUAUCAAUCCGAAGCUUCCGUUAAACUUGCAUCUUCGACAAUGUUUUCACUCUAUAUUUCAGGUUGCUGAAGCAAAACGAGCCGAAGUUAUGUCUUUCCCUAGAGCAAUGGCACAUUUAAAUAUGGCUUCAAAGUAUGCAUUAUGAUCUAUUUUCGAAAUAAUGUAUAUGCAUGGAUAUAUAAUUUGUUUCUCUAAUUUUCGCAUCUUUUUUGCUUAGCGAAAUUCAAUCUAGCACGUAGGGCUUGUUCAUAAUAUAGAUUAGCCUUUCCCCAAAAGAGAUCACAGUGCAUUCUGGCAUCGUUUGGAGGGACAAAAUAUAUAGUGACAGGCGUCAAAUAUGUGUUAGAGUAGAAGUAUCUACUAUCAAAUAUCAACAUUUUAGACGACCAAAAAUGAAAUAUCUCCUUUUUACAUUAAACAUUUAAUUUAAAUGUGUGCAUGCUGCCAUAUUUCUUGCCCCUCCAACAUGGGAUUCGCGCGACUAGACCCAGGACUUUGGGAAAUGGCUAAUUGUUGUCUCCUUGUUAGAGUAUCCAUAGAUUCUUUAUCCGCUGAUGCUCGAGAAUGGAGUGAAAGAAUUGUAAAUGUUCGAAAGAAUGUGAAAAAAGCAGACGACGAUCUUAAGAACCUCAUGAGCACUUUCUUAAAGGUAGAGUUUUUUCUGAACGCUUUGACCAAUAGUAGACUGUACUUUAUUUAGUUCUUGUAUAGUAGCUUCUCAUUCUUCUUCACUUCAUGUGCAUGCCAUUGAAUGCCAGCGGGUUUAGCCGCAGGUUUAGAUUCCCAUGCCCAGGCAUUCCGAGGGGAAAGGAAUUAAGCAUAUCGAUCGCUUGCAGUGUAUGUGCACCAAAACGUUUCUUGUGCGAUAUUGUCAGUUUAUAAGGACAAUUGACUAAGAAUUCCAUGUAUAUAAUGGAAGACCACUGCAUGUAAUUGGUGAUAGCUGUUAGUGUUGCGGUUACCCAGCCAUUGACUCUUGUGUAUAAUUAUAAUUAUAAUCCAAUUUUGUAAUUUUUCAUCCGCCUCAGAAAAAGGUUAAUUACUCUAUUAGCCUUCUAAUUAAUAACAAUAUUUUAAGGCAAGAAAAUAGCAUUAAAUAUUUAGGUAUAAUUAUGGAUACUAAUUUGAACUGGAAAGAGCAUGUUCAUGAGCUAUGUAAAAAGAUAUCACGAGGAAUUGGUAUACUAUCGAAACUUCGUCAUUUUGUCACAAAAAAGAUACUACUAUACUAUACUCAAGUUUAUUAUUCAAUAAUUUAUCCGUAUCUUACUUAUGGCGCUUUGAUAUGGGGAAAUACAUAUUGGACUAAUAUCAAGCCCUUGUAUAUCCUGCAAAAGAAAGCUAUCCGCAUAAUGAAUUUCCUAUUUUACCAGGCACAUACAGCUCCUUAUUUUAAGAAAGACAAAUUAUUAAAAUUUGCAGAUAUUGUUAAGUUCUAUACGCACUGUUUAUGCAUCAGUUUUAUCGAGGCAGACUUCCGGUUGCUUUUGACAACUUCUUCGUUUUAAAUCAUAUGAAACAUAAUUACGAUACACGGCUUGCAUCAAAGUGUUCAUACGCAGUUUACAUUUAGUUCGUACAAACUAUGGAGUUUUUAAUAUUAACUUUUCGGGCCCUAAAAUUUGGAAUGAUAUUGAUGAGGCGCUAAAAAUAUUGAGUAUAAGUUUAGUUAAAAAGAAAUUAAAACAAAGUAUAAUUGAGCUAUAUUAAUUUGAAUAUUUGGUUGCUUGAUUGCUUAAUUCGGAUCAUAUUUAUGUUUACUUUUAAUUUUCAAUUUUGCCAUGGGGCCAUUCACAAAGGAUGUCCGAGCCGAGGGGGGGGGAGGGGGGUUUGGAAAAUCAGGACAAACUCGGACAUAGGGGGGGAGGGGGGUUUUAGCAAUCCGGAUGUCCGAAAUUUAAAAAAAUUCAAAAACAAAUUUCUUUUUCCCUAUAUUUUGAGCAGUCCUUCCCAUUGUGAAAUUGGCAUUUUGACUAUGCGGUUAACACUAGAUUUUGUUUUAAUUAGUAAUUUAUAUGUUUUUGUGUUCACAUUUACAGUUAUAAAAAAGUUCUAAAAGUAAAAACGUUUUUUACUCUUGAUAUAUACAAGGUUGCGUGAGUUUUUGCGAGGCAUGGCGGAUGUCCGGGGGGAGGGGGGGGGUCACUAAUUCGGACAAUGCCGGACAAGGGGGGGGAGUGGGGGUCUGAAAAUCCAUCAUUUGGCCGGACAUCCUUUGUGAAUGGCCCCCAUCUUGUAACACAUUUAUUGCUGCGGAGCGAGCGAGCCUGAAGCGAGCGAGCGAAGCAGCAGCCUAAUUUGUGUAGUAGGCAGAAAAAAGCAGAUUUUUAGCGUCGCAUGGAAUUGUGGUCGUGCGCAUUUGUAUGCGCAGUUUUCAUAAUGUGGUAAAUUCGCCUAGCAGUAAACGACUUGAUUUAUGAAAUCUGAUAGCAAAAACUUGUGUCAUAUAAUUAAUUUACCUGCAUGUCAAUGAGACGCACAUGUUUAACAUCUGUCACCUGUGAUUGCCCUUUAACCCCUGGUCUUGGCUACUUUAAUAUAUAAUAUAUUGCUUUUUCGCAGUUCCACUCAUGGUAAGAAUCGUUCCUUACUGGCUUAAGGCCUUACGCUGACAGCUCACUAGUCGCUGCGAGUAAUAACUGUGCUUGAUAUAUAAUUUGUGCUAUUUACUGUAGUUCUAUUUCACUACUUGCUUUAAUGCCCGCAGCAAUCCCUACCUUGCAGGUACCCUAGUUUAAUAAUUGUUUAUUGUAUAUAUUCUACUAGAAAUUGAUAGCCACCUGUCUCGAUUAGCCCCUAUGGUUACUUACGGGUGGCUAUGCACAUAAUUCUUUUGUUUUAUAAUGCUUAAUGUAGAAAAUUGUUGUAUCUUGUAUUUAUAAUGUGUGUGCAAAAUUAUAUUAUUCUAUUUAGUCCGAGGGCGUGUAGGGUUUAGCACCCGCCAAAUAUUUGUUCAUUUAUUGGUAAAUUUCUAGGUAAUUUAAGUUGAUUUUCAGGUAAAUUAUAACAGCAUUGGCAGGCAAACGUGGAAGUUAAAAUGGAAGUAUUUAAUAAUAAUAUUUUCUCGGAGGAGCAUUCCCCCGAACCCGCCUAGUAGAUUUAGCCCCGUUUCCCACAACGCUUUCGAAAGAAACACCUGCUAUUUGAAUGUACUCAUGAGAAACACACAAAAUUUCAAAAGCUGCUUUUAAAUAACGUAAUAAGUAAUUUAAAAAAUCGUUACACCCUCCCCCCCCCCCAACGACAAAGUCUUUGCUACGUUCCUGAAUAAAUAGAUAAAUAACCUGUUCUCUGCAGCUCGUGUUUGUAAGGACCAUUGGCGGGAAGAGACAUGGAUCCUAAGAAUGAAGAAUACCUGUCGCUCAACCUUUGUCAGUUUUAACUGUCCCUUGACUCGUCUUGACUUUGGCAUUUUUACCUUUUUUCUGACUCAUCCAACUGAGUUUUUCACCCCUUCAGUUUGAUCGAUCAAUAUCAAAAGUGCUUAGUACAAAUUAUUCAUGUGAUGCUCGUAAUUGCCUAAAACGUUUAUACCACAACCUAAGUGCUGUUCAUUUUUUCUUGACCCAACUUUGUUUAUCUUGUAUUUUUUCCUGAGCUAAUCAUUUCCUCCGCUAACAUUGCCAUCAUUGUUUCGCAUUCGCAUAUAUAGCAUACCGUCUAACCUCCUUGUCUGUAUAUAUGUUUAGGAUUGUACAAAAGAGAUGGAAGAAAUUCAAGAACAAAUUAAAUUGGUUCAUAAACUUACACAAGAAUUGACACACUAUCUUUGCGAAGAUGAAAGCAAGAUAAAACUAGAUGAUUUAUUAAACACUUUCAAGACUUUCUGUCUCAACUUAGAUCAAGCUGCUGAAGUAAGGAGAUGGUGUGCAACUUUUCUAGAUUACUGUUUUCGCAAAAUUUAUCGAGUGUGCACGAUCAGUUGAUGCAGUUGAGAUGUAUUGCCCGCUAUGUUUGGCGUUGACCACAAUCUAGUGGCCGAAAGUUUGUCAAAAAUAAAAAUAAAUUUGGUCAGUAGCCGUUUCCAAUCAUAAUCCAAUAAUUAAAACGAAAUUUUGGUAAAAACUGACGAACGAAAAAAAAUAUUAGAUGUUUGUUACGAUACUGAAUGUUUGAAGGUUUAAAAAGUCGUAUUUUUAUCAAGUAUAUAUUUCCAAGCUAUAACAAAUGUCUCGUCGUUUGUAGUUAAUCCAGUGUAAUUAUCUCUUUGAAGGAUAAUGAGAAACGACGAGCACAGGAAGCGAAACAAGCCAAAGCAGAGAAAAACAACAAGAAAAAGCGAAAAGACGGAGUAAGAACGACAUUAAAAUUCCAAGAAGAUGAAUGUAUUGUUGAUAAACUUCUAAGUGAAAUACGUCAAGGAUUUCCUUUGAAGAAACGACGAAGAACGAGUGUUGAUAGUGCGAAAGAUACUGUAGAAAGUAUUUCCACUCAAACUUCGAAUGAAGGUGUUGUAAUAAUUCUUUAGUUACUUUCAUCAUAUUGUUCAAGUCUAAUGCUGUUCACUCUUUCGUAUUGUUUGGAUAGAACCGAUAGAACGACAUAUCUGUAACCGGAAGUAUGAAUUCCAUCUAGUCAGGAUCCAAGGAUCGAAAUAUUUCAUCGCCGGUUUAGACAAUUGUAUUAUAACCCAAAAUAUUUCCUUCUUACCACAGAAAUGUCAAAGGAAAUGUUUUUUUGCAUUAAAAUAUUAAUUUUAAACGAUAUUCUUCGUUAAAUGUUUGGGUAGUAUAACGAAAUGUGAGCUACGUUCCCGAAAAUUAUUAUAAACUAAGCUAAGCUUGACACCAAAGGCAAUCACUUCGUAUUACUUCAUUAAAUUGCUUCGUACGGUGUAGCAACGUGAUGAGUGAUGACUUGAAAUUUAGUUUCAUAAAGGUCCAACAUUUUCCAAAACAACUCUACCCCCCCCCCAUAGUGGUGAGUUGUACUUUCGACCCCACAUAGCCGGCUAAAUUAGCCAUACCAUCCACUCACUUAUUGUUUUCAUUAAUUUGAUAAUUUAUGCAAAGUCCUAUUUACUUCUAAUCUAUGUUAAUCUAUUUUUUAUUUUAGGAAACGUUUCUGAAAUGAAUGAUGCGUAAUGCAUGUUAGAAUUUAAAUACCAAUGUUCAAUAAAAAUGACAAAGCUAGUGCACUAUAAAUGUAAAUCUGUUGAUCGAAAAUUAAACUACAGUAUUUACGAUUUCAUUAAUACAUACAAAUCGUGUAAUUACAUACCACAGUGUAAAUAGAGGAGAUAUAUAUAUAUAUAUACAUCCAAUACUAUUCGAUUAAAUACAUAAUUGCAUGAAAUGGCCAAUUUGGAAUGCACUUAUAUUCAUUAUAUAGUUAGUAAUGUAAAUGCCAUGCUUAAGAAUUCAGGAUAAAAAUGUCUGUAUUGUAACUGUAAAAUAAUCUUUUAUAAAAAUCAAAAACACGUAUGACGUGAAAAACAGUUUCUCAAAGGAAUUGACUAUUGAUUGUAAAUGUAGUAUGGUCAUAAUUCAAUUGCUUUCCGCGCCUUUGAGAGUGCCUUAAUUCCAUUACUGCAUGAGCAUCUUAUCAUUUCUCUUCAUCCAGAUUUUCUCUUAUAU